GGUCAGGCGAUGUUUCGUCUAUCUUGAACUUCGACUACGACCUCCUCUGAUGCUUUCGAGUUGCAUGCUACUUCUGUAGUAUAUCUGCGCUGCUGUGACCGGAUCGACGACUCUCUAUUUGUAUGACUAGAACCUGCUCCUGCUUGCGUCAUACGAGAAAACCACGGUCCUCCGGAGAUACACGAACACGAGCUCGCGGGCUGUAAACCUUGAGUGAACCCUGUUCGCGCGAAGACUCUGCGCAGAUACUACGAAACGCCAUCGCCAGCCAUGACACAGACGACUUCUCUCCAGUACGAGGCCCCCUGGCCCGUAUACGCCCUCGACUGGUGCAAAUCCUCGGCCCCAGGCCAGCAGAUGCGCCCGCGCUCCGCCUUCCGGCUCGGCAUCGCCUCCCUCACGUCCGACUACCGCAACCGGAUCGCGAUCGUCGGCCUGCAGGACGAGCGCGUGCUCGUCGAGGACGACGACUACGGCGACUACCCGGACUUCGUGACGCUCGUCGAGGCGCAGCACGGGUAUCCCGCGACGCGCCUGCAGUGGCAGCCGGGCACGGCGAACAGCUUCGCGUGGAGCCAGAAGGCGGCGAGCGCGGAGCUGCUCGCGACGACGGGCGACGCGCUGCGCGUGUGGGAGUACGCGAGCGACGGGCCCGCGGCGGGGAGUGCGUAUGUGGGGCGGCAGUCUAGCGGAGGCGGGCAUAGGUUGACGUUGAAGACGGCGUUGUCUGGGCAAAGCAAAGUCCAGAACAACAACACCGGCGCACCCUUGACGAGCUUCUCAUGGAACGAGAAGUCCCCAAGUCUUGUCGUCACGUCCUCUAUCGACACAACCUGCACCGUUUGGAACAUCGACACGUCCACGGCGAUCACACAGCUCAUCGCUCACGAUCGCGAGGUGUACGAUGUAGCCUGGCUUCCCGGCUCCACAGACAUCUUCGUCUCCGUCGGUGCCGAUGGCUCUCUACGCGCGUUCGACCUGCGAAGUCUCGAACACUCCACCAUCCUCUACGAGACUCCGGCCCCGAAGAAUGUCCCCCCUCCGUCUACAUCGCCGUCCUCGACCGCACGUCCGCCGACUUCACCACUACUUAGGAUAGCGUUCAACCCCGCCGACUCGAACUACAUGUCGACCUUCCACAUGGACGGCUCUGACAUACAAAUCUUGGAUAUGCGGAGUCCAGGACAGCCUGUAAUGGAGCUUCGGGCUCACCGUGCGCAAAUUAAUGCUCUGGGGUGGAGUUCAUCCGAGUCGCAGCUGCUCGGUACAGUCGCCGACGACUGCCAGCUCCUCCUCUGGGACAUCGCGCCGUACACACAGAGCACCGCCGCGUCGCCGCGCCACGCGUCCACGGGCCUCAGCUCUCCGCGCCCGGACGUGAAGAAGCGGGUGAUCACCGACCCGGUGAUGGCGUACACGGGCGCGAGCGAGAUCGUGAACAUGGCGUGGUCGCCGCAGAUCGCGGGCAUGUCCAUGAACACGGGCCACUCGACCGCGCCCGGGGAGUGGAUUGCGAUCGCGAUGGGCAAGUCUAUCAAGGCGCUCAAGGUCUGACGAGAGGUCGUAGCGUCCUAUUGGGACCAAGCGAGAUCGUUGCUAGCAUCAUGGCACAUCGAGUUCGGGUGGAGGGAGGGGCUGGGGAGGUGUCCUCUUCAUCACAAGGGCGGCGCACAGAAGCUCCAGUGCGUCGUUGAAUUUGUGCUGCUGGUCGUUAUUGGAAAAGGUGGCGCAUGGCGUGUUUCGCGCGAACCUGGACUCUGAUUUGAGGAUUCGGACGGACAGCGGCCGGCUGUACCGGAUUGUAGAGGAAUGCUUCACCUGACAUACACACCUCCGGAGGGACCCUGGGCAUUGUCCGCUGUCGGUCAGUGACACCCGGCCCGCGGAGUGGCGGGUGGUUCUACGAGAGGAAACGUUGUAUUGGCUAUCGGGUCACGUCCCCAAGCGCAGCGCACCCAGACUGCAAUAGCGAAUGACCAUAAAUUUUCGCUCC